UUUCUGAUUGUCAUAGAAAAUCACAUAGAGUAAAUAAAGUAUCACACAGUUUUAAGUGUCGAAUGUUGUGUAAUUUUAUUAUUUGUUGUAGAUGCAUUAUUUGGAGUAGGUAACGUAUUACAAGUUGCUGGUGAUUUUAGUUUCUAUCUAAUUUUGUGGCGCAACAUGGAGCUAUCGCAGUUCGCAAAGGAGCAGCCCAGCCUGCCAUCUGACAGUGAUGAGAGUGAUGAGGACUACGCCCCCUCGGGAGCGGAGAGCAGCUCUGACGACGGCAGUGAUGCUCAGGCGGCCGUCAGCGGCGAGGGCUCCGCGUCGGAGGGGGAGGGGCGGCCGCCCGGCAAACGCACCCACUCCAAGCGGCCCCCUGCCACCUCCAAGCGCAGGAAGAAGUCAGCACACAGGGGUGCGAGGCAGGAGACUGAUGCCAAGGGGGAGGCUUCGGCGCGGGCAUCGGCUCCAGACAGCACGCCAGUGAGUGAGGAGGAGCAGAAGAAGAAGGCGGACACACUGUGGCAAGACUUCAAGAGUGGGCCAAGUGAGACACAGGCAAGCAGAGCGCUGACCAAUGGGGCGCAGCAAGCGGCGGGUCCCAGCACUGUCACCGUCACCCAGGUGUACAAGUUCGCUGGUGAGGAGGUGAGCGUGCAGAAAGAGGUGGCUGCGCGAAGUGCGGGGCGCGGCCGAGCACGCGGGCUGGCCUCCGUGCUGGGCCAGCUGGGGCGCAAGUCCAAGAUGGGCACGCUGGAGAAGUCGCGGCUAGACUGGGACCGCUUCAAGCAACAGGAGGGCAUCGUGGAAGACAUACAGACCUUCAACCGUGGCAAGGACGGGGGCUGGAGAUUUGCCAACUGUCAGAACAUUGAGAGAAAAGUUCCUGGAGCGACAGGACUUUCUGCAGAGGACGGACGUGCGGCAGUUUGAGAUAGAGCGCGCUCUGCGUACCACGCGCCGCAGCAACCGGUGAAACUCGACCGCCAGUAGCUGCUGGCUGUCCCCGUGUUGACUCGAAGCCCUUGACAUCCCAAUCUGGUUCCCAACGCACUGCCUCCUGGGUAGCGUGUUAAUGCAAGCAUAGUUACAGUUACGUGAAGACUGUGUGUGCAGGCUCGGACUGUGUCCCAACAGUACCACCGUGCUCACGCUAGCACACAGAAUACAUGCAUCUCGCAACGAGCAUACACCUCAUUGUUGUGUGCAUUGUACAAUUUUUAGUUGCACAAAUGGCUGCCGUUUCUCUGAAGAAAAUUAGCAACUUGCUAUUUCAUCCAUGAAAAAUAUCACUUUUUCUGGUUGUAUAAAAAAAUAAUAUUGUCCGUAGUACAAUAAGCAUUAUUCCAGGCAGACUUGUGCAUCAUCAAGAAAUGUAAUAGAACUUUGAAACUUCAUUCAUUAUCUGAUAAUUAGUUGUGUUCACCAUUAUUAGAUUUGCGAUGUUUAUGCCUGGCGUUAAGUUAAAUAUUAUGUCUUGUGUGCUCAAGGCUGCAAAUGUGUGUGCGUUUCACGGCAGGUGGCUCAGACUGCAAUCUAACACAUGUUAGGUUUGUCACACAUGAACUCAUGUUCGUAAUGUUUCAACCUCAUUGUCUUUGUGAUAUCAGCAGCACUGUGUAUUGUGAUAAUUGAUGUAUUAAAGAUGUGUGGAAACUGG